CUAGGUCUUCCCUAAUUUGGAGGAACUGAAAUUAGGGGGGAAGGUCGUGGAGAUGAUAUGGCAAGGCGCAUUUCCAGACCACCUCUUUCGCAGACUUGAAGUUCUUCACAUUGUGAAAGAUGAUUCAAAUGUUUUUCCUCUUCAUUCCUUUAAGAGAUUUCACAAUCUGGAAAAGCUCAUUCUAAGUCAUGUUUCAUGCAAAGAGAUAUUCUCACAUGAAGAGGUGGAAGGACAUGCCAGGAUGUUGACACAGAUUAAAGAUUUGAAGUUGUUUAAACUGUCUAAUCUAAAGUUUAUGUGGAAACAAGAAUCAAAACUGGGCACAAUUCUUCAAAAUCUUGAAAUUCUUGAUGUAUGGUGGUGCAGUAGUUUAAUUAAUUUGGCGCCAUCGUCAGCAUCUUUCCAGAAUCUGACAGUUUUGGAAGUGUGGUUUUGCAAAAGAUUGACGAACUUAGUAGCAUUCGCAGCAGCCAAAACCCUGGUGCAACUCAAAGAAAUGAAGAUUUGUGGAUGUGAAAUGAUGAUAGAGGUAGUAGAAAAUGAGGGAUAUCUAAUAGAAGAAGCUGAGAUUACCUUUUGCAAAUUGAAGAGCUUAACUCUUUUUGGUUUAGAAAGUCUUAGAAGCUUCUGCUCUGGGAAUUAUACUUUCAUAUUUCCAUCAUUGGAAGAAUUAUUUGUAAUAGAAUGCCCCAAUAUGAAUGUUUUCUCUAGAGGAGUUUUAAGCACACCAAAAUUACAGGAAGUACAGCAGAGGUGGGUAGCAGAUGCAUGGCGUUGGGAUGGUGAUCUAAAUACAACCAUACGACAGUUGCAUAAAAAAAUGCUGGAGGAGAUCCUGGAAAAAAUAAUGCACAGAGCAAGCAGUUGAGUGGUUGAU